UGUUUUGGCGGGAGAAAAAUCUGAAGGAUCACUUAUGGCUAGUGCACGCUAGAGUCAGUAAAGACCACGUGUGUGCUCUCUGUGAGGAAGGAUUCUCUACGCGAGAUGAAUUAAAAAAGCAUCGGGAAAUUCACUUCAAUUCUCCAUGUCAUUUAUGUGAUAAAAAAGAACCUUUCAAUAGCUAUUCGAAAUUAUAUGAACAUCUUCGGAAAUUUCACGCAAAACAAUCACAUCAAUGCGACCUCUGUUCGAAAAGCUUUCUGGGACGCCGGGAAUAUGAGCUGCACAAGGAAAGGCAUCGUGAUGGUAGCUUGGGAAACUGCGUAGAGUUUUCAAUAAGACUGUGGGCAGACGAUUAUGGGUGUAAAUCUUGCGAGAAGACGUUCUUCAGCCAGAACUUUCUCGAAGAACACACUAAAACUGUCCACAAGAAUGGGUUACUUAUGGCGGGGACCGUCGAAGCCCACGAUGAGAAAGAUUACAAGUUCAAAUGCCCUGAAUGCGACGCUUGCUUCCGUGUCAGAAACACGUUAAAUGGCCACAUUAGAAGAACUCAUCGGUUCGAAAAGGUCGUUUGUGAUGUAUGUGGAAUUUCAUGCAAAUCUCGCCACGAAGCUAAAGUUCAUAUGCGAAGCGCCCAUAUAAACGAAUCACGAUACAAAUGUGACUUCUGCGAGAAACGGUUUAGUACCAGCGGGUCGCUGCGAAUUCAUCGGCGAACGCAUACUAACGAACGACCCUAUAAGUGUCGGUACGAGGGAUGUGACAAAGAAUACAAAGCCGGUGGCGCAUUGGUAAAGCACGUACGAGCGGUUCACACCAAUGAGCGACCUUUCCGGUGUCAGUACAAGGCCUGUGAUAAAGCUUACAUCUGCAGUCAACACUUGAAGACGCACCUGCUGUGGCACACGCAGGAAAAACCCUUCAAAUGUAACUAUUGUGAGCUGUACUUCAAUUCGACCAACAACCGUAGGAAGCAUUGUAAACGACACCAUCCCGGAAGGCCGGUUGGCAGGGAACUGGAUAACACUAACACUGAAGAUGAUGAUGCGGUUGCUAAAUUUACUGUAAAGAGUAAAAUCAAUAUUUAACAAGGGAAACAUUCAAGUUUUGAACGCACUGACUCGUUAAUUUCUUCACGGAUUGAUAAUAUUUAAUCAAUCAGAUAAAUAGUGAAAAUUGAUCAAUAAA